AUAAAUCCAUACUCCAAUCCGACCAACAUCCCUAAGAUUUUGCAGACUUCUCCUCUUUUUGGACUAAUCCACAUUUCACUCGCUCAGAAGCGCGAGGUCUGAUCUGGAAUCGGAGUGCUGCGAGAAUGGCGGCGAAGAUGAUGAGGAAGGAGGCAGCUGUGGUGCAGGGGAACGUGACGGAAGCAAAGCCGGAGGAAGCCGCUGCGGCGGCGGCGGUGGCGGCGAAGUCGAAUGAAGUGGUGUUCGCGAAAUGCGAGUGCUGUGGAAUGACGGAGGAGUGCACGGAGUCGUACGUGGCAAAGGUCCGGGAGAAGAACCAGGGGCGGUGGAUUUGCGGGCUGUGCGCGGAGGCGGUGAAGGACGCGAUGGUGAGGUCGGAGCGGCGUAUCGGCAACGAAGACGCUUUGAACCGUCACAUGUCAUUCUAAUAUCUAAUCUCUUUUAUUCAAUUCUUGGUCAGAUCAUCCAUUAUCGAUGUCCUCCUUCAAUUUAAGUAAAUCAAUUAAAAAGUAGGUCAAACUUUGUACGGAGUCUAUGAAUUUCUAAAUCCUUCAAUUUUUUAAAGUUUAAAAAAAUCUUAGAAAAUCCGGAUUGAAUACACCCUCCUAAAAUAAGAAUAAAACAUUAAAAAUGUACUAAAAUUUAAGUUCUAUG